AGUGACAGUUCAAAUAAUCAUACGAUGUGUGACGUGUGUGCAGUGUGUGUGUGAGCGGUCGCCCCAUAAAACAGCGUGCACCGCAUUCACGUUAUCAUAAGCUUUCCCUCUUUAAAACCUCCUCAAAAAUUAUCAGUCUCCUUCGUAACAUCCAGGCAGCGAACGCCACAACGUUCAUAAGCCCUUUCAGUUAUCCUCUCAUUCAUAUUUACAAGUAAAAAGGUGAGACUUGUAUUUCAAACCGCACGCCCAACUAGUUCGUGUCUCAUAGACUGCCGUAGACCUUGAAUUUGUGUCUGCGAGGGAAUUUGAAAUGUCCCUUAUGGAAGAUUUGAGUUUCGUGCCUGACCUGCCUAGCGGGCCGCUUGAUAAAUACAGAAAAACCGCCUCCUUUGAUUGGAAACGCCUUAAAUUGGCUCUGGAAGGUGAUAUAGAGCUCCUGAAACUUAAGUACAAAAUAUGGCAAACACUGGAGAAGGACCCGCUAUUCGCCCACAGCGCCGUCUCACCUCCCGUGGAAGAACAAAAGCGCAUCACCCAACUGCAGCUGAAGAGGAUAAAUGACUACAAGUUCCAUACUAAGGAAAUGGUCAACUCCAGUUAUAGUCGAAGGACACGCACAAUAAUGACGAUUAAUGAGGCGGUGCAGUCGCUAAACCCCAGCGUGUCAGUCAAGAUGGCCAUUGGCAUAUAUUUGUUUUCAAAUGCCUUGCUAUCACUUGGCACUGAAAGGCAUCAUAAGUACUACGAAGCUACAUUCGUUGACAGAGAGAGGCUGGCCAGCUUCGCGCUAACAGAGAUCGCGCACGGCUCCGACGCGCGACUCAUGCGCACGACAGCAACGUACGACCCGCAACACAAGCAGUUCGUCAUCCACACCCCCGACUUCGAAGCCGCUAAAUGCUGGGUUGGUAAUCUAGGUAGAACAUGCACGCACACACUCCUCUUCGCACAGCUGAUCACACCAGACGGCACGAACCAUGGUCUCCACGGCUUCCUGGUGCCAAUCCGCAACCCUGACACCUUGGAGACGUACCCUGGACUCAUUGUGGGGGACAUGGGGGAGAAGAUCGGAGUUAAUGGCAUUGAUAAUGGGUUCAUAAUGUUCAACCAGUACAGGAUACCUCGUGAGAACCUCCUCAAUCGUACCGCUGACGUCACAGAGGAGGGGGUCUAUGAGUCCUCCUUCUCAGACCCCUCUAAGAUACUGGGAGCUGCUUUAGAGAACCUUUCGGCAGGUCGUAUCGGCAUAAUGCAAGAAAGCUGCCACUCGAUAGCCAGCGCAGUCGCCAUCGCCAUCCGCUACGCGGCCACUCGGACGCAGUUCGGCGAGAGAGACAACGAGAUCUCGCUCAUCGAGUACGAGUUACAUCAAUGGCGUUUAUUCGGCUACGUAGCGGCCGCAGUAGUAUUUAGGAUGUACAUAGAAAACUUUAGCAGAGUAUACCUAAGUAUUGUGGAGAAAUCUAACGCGGGGAUGAAAGUUGAUAACUUGAGCGAGGCAGUAUCAGAGAUUCACGCAAUGGUGUCGUGCAGCAAGCCGCUACUCACGUGGACCGUGCUGUCUGCUGCACAGCAGUGCAGGGAGGCAUGUGGCGGACAUGGAUAUUUGAAAGCCGCCAACCUCGGCGACAUCCGCAGCAACCACGAAGCGACAGUGACCUACGAGGGCGACAACAACGUCCUCUCGCAGCAGACAGGCAACUGGCUGCUGCGCCAGUUCCAAGCGGCCCGCUCCGGCGGUGCCGUGGACUCGCCGCUGCACACCGUCACCUUCCUCAUGGACUGGCAGCGAUGGCUGCAAGCCAGGUUCCGCUGCACCAGGACUGAUGAGCUCAAGAGUAGAGACUUUAUAACAACAACAUACAGAUGGCUAAUAUGCUACCUCCUCAAGCAGACUCACGAGAAAUACGAAGCAGAGAUCGCUAAAGGCUUAACGAAGUUCGAAGCGCGAGCGAAGUCACAAGUUUACAAAUGGCGGGACCUUACGAAGACUUAUGCGGAGUAUUUAGCGAUUAUAUUCUUCCUCGAAUCGCUGGAUAAGAAGGAGAAGAGUCUACAACCGGUGCUGAAUAAGCUGUUUUGCUUGUAUGGGCUUUGGUCGCUAGAUCAACAUCUGGUUGAGUUGUAUCAAGGAGGUUAUUCACAGGGUGAAUCACUAGCCCGGUUACUUCGUGACGCGAUACUAGAGCUGUGCAGCGAGCUGAAGGGCGAGAUCGUGAGCGUGGUGGAUGCGCUCGCGCCGACUGACUUCGUGCUCAACUCCGUGCUCGGCAAGAGUGAUGGCAAUCUUUACCAAAACAUCCAGAAAGCAUUCUUCAGUCAGCCCGGAGCCUUCGAACGUGCCCCCUGGUGGCGCGACGUCGUCAACCUGCCCAGAUCCAAGAUAUAAGCACACAUACAUACAUACAAUAUUAUAUGUACGGUAGACCGCACGUCAGUGGUAACUGUCAUGCACCUUAACUCAAUAGUAAUAAGUACGAUUUUCCUAUAAAACUGUUACCACUGACCUGACGUUGACUGUACAUAGGUAUGACCUAAACUCUGUAGUUUAGAUAAACUUGAGAUAUAACGAGGCCGAUCAAGAAAAAAAUUAAGCAUUAAAUGCCAGUCAAAAACUUUAGUUUUCAGACCCAAAAAAAUGUCUAAGAAUGUCCUCGAAAUACUCAAACGUUACGUUGACUUUUAAGUACAGUUAGCAGGUCAACUUACCCGAAUCUCUGUUUUAGCAAUCGAACAUUUACCUUCCACUAUUGUAAUAAGGUUGAAGAUCUAUUGAAGAAUUAAAUAAACUAUUUAUACGGAUUUUUUCGCGGUUAUAUUAACUAGUUAAUUCCGACGUUUCGGAUCCUUUACACCAUCCAUGGCAGACUCUAACCGCGAUAAAAUCCGUAAAAGUAGUUUAUUUAAAUGCCUAAUAUUCGCGUAAGCGUAAAAAAUCAAUAAAUCUAUUGAAAAAUGGGGUAGGUUGAUACACUGUCUGUAUUUCUUAAAUGAAUUUUUGUUUUAAUUCUAAUUUACUUAAGAUAUAUUUGAGCUUUUAUCAUAACUGAGCGGCAUUUGAGUAUUCCGAUGUACGAGUAUAUUCCUGUAAUUUGAACAAAUAUUUUGUUACUUUCUGGGUCAGGCUCAAAUCAAAUACUGAGAUUAUUUGGUAUUUUACUAUAUUAAAAUUGUAUUAAUAAUAUGAAAAUCAAGUUUUUUAGAGGUGCCUCAUAACAAUGCAUUUAGUUUGCGUUUACCGUACAAAUACGCGAUAGUAACUAACUAAACGUAUGGAGGGUCAUAAUAUAUUAUAUUUUAAAUAUCAUGUGAGAUCAUAUUUUUUAAUAUAAAAGCACUAAUAGUGCCGCUAGAAUCGCUUAGUUAAAUAAAUAUAUUUUAUAGUGCACAAUAGUUGUGUCCAAAUUAUCGAUAAUUCUAGAUAUAUUUUAUCGAUUAUUUUACGUUUCAAAAUAGGUAUAUGGUAUACCAUAUUUUAAUUUAAAGUGGUGUAAAAUUAUUGUGCACUAUAGAAGAAAUGUUUUAGAAUAUAAUAAUCGAUAUACUUCAAGUAACGUUACCUUGAUAUAGUAUUAAAUAUUAUUUUGAACACUGCCUAGUGCUGUUAAAUGUAGGCGAUUAUCGAUAGAUUAGGCGAAUUUAUUUUAUCAAAUCGAAAAGCACUUUCAAUUCUACUUUAAUGGAUUAUACAAUUUAUUUUAUGGGUUUUAUAUAUUUUUCUUUUUAAUUUUUAAGCCAUUUUUUUCAUAAUGAUGAUAUAUUUUUUAAUUAUUUUUGUGUUAUAUUAAGUUCAUACGGCUUUGGUUCUGGUGAUUAAUAAAUACAUAUUUUAAUGGAUAUACUGAGAUUAAUGGUGUGAGUAUUAUAGAGUAGACUUCAUGUGAUUUUAUCAUAAUUGUAUUUUUGUAAAAGGCUCUGUAAAAUAAUAUUUAUCUAAUAACCCCAGGAGGGUUUAUUUUCCUCGCCGUAUGAACUAGCAAACAAAUAUAUUUAGUAAGAGUAUUAUAAUAGCGAGCAUUUUAUUUUUAUUAAUUUAUUGAUGAAGAAGACCUCAAUAAAAUAUUGUUAAGUAAUCAUUAAAUAUUUCAACUUUAAGCGUAGUAUCAAGAGUCACAUUAAUUUAGUGUGUACAGUACAAAUUAUUAUUAUUUAUUUUUCUGGCAUUCGUUAAAUGUAUUUUUUUAAUAAACUUUUUUUCUCUAUUCUGUAGAAUUUCAAUAAGAUAAUCAAUUUGAAGAAUGAACAUUUUAAAACGUGCAUUGAUGCGAUUGCGCAAUGUUUGUUGUAUUUAUAAUAUUUUAACGAAAUUGGUACUAUGUAAUUAAAUUAAAUGUAACAUUUAUUAAUUAAAAUGAUAAAUCGAUUGAGUAUUGGACCGUAAAUAUUAAUCACAAAGCAUCUUUCUCUGACAUUACACAACUAUACAUAUAAAACAAAUAUAUGUAUUUGCAGAUCAGUUAACUCCUAUUUCUAUAUACUCCAUUCGAGUAGGUACUUAACUAAAGCUAACAGUCUUGAUAGGACUUAUUAACCAAAUACAUAUGCAACAGAUAAAAUAAUGCUUGAAAUAAUGUUUCAAUUGAUUAAGUAAAUUUUGUUACUACAUAUGAAUUGAUUUUUAACCACAUUUUAUUUUUAAACGUGAGUUUUUAUAUAAAAGUUCUAUCAAGAUUGCUUACCUCUAGUUCCUACUGAAAUGAACUAUCGGUCAGCUAGCUAAUUAUCGAUUUUAAUAUAAAAUUAGACGUGUAUAGUUGUACCUUCCUUCUAGAAGUGCCUUCCUCUUGUAAAGUACCUUCGUGAUGUCAUGUUAUGUAGAUUGUGUAAGCUAAUGUUUAUAUGGAACUGUUGAUUGUCAAAUAUAAAUGGAGUAAUAAUUAA